AUGCUGCUGCUGAGCCUGCCGCUGGUCCUGGCACAGGAGACGCUGAGUGGCCUGCGCCUGCGGCUUUCAGAUGGCCUUUCGGAGGUCCCGGAGGAUGCCUUCGCCUCCGGCAUUUCCCCUUGGCAGGUGGAGGAGCUGGCGUUUUUCUCGGACCUGCACUGCACGCAGCCGGCGGCCACGCCCAGCCUGGACUCCUCCGUGGGCAACGCAUCGGCUCGCUACCAGGCAUUCGACGGAGAUAACGAAACCAGUUGGACGGGGGCCUGCAGUCCCGGCGUGGAUUCCUGGAAGAUUUGCCAGGAGUCCUGGCAGCAGGGUGCGUGGCUCGCGGCUUUCUGGAGCACUCCCUCGCCGGUGGGCUGCCUGCUGCUGCAGCACCAAGGGGCGGAGCUGGCUUUGGACCGCUGGUCCAACAGCGCCUGGCAGCCCUGGCGCCACUUCGCCUUCUCUUCCGGUGUGGUGCAGCUCAGGCUGCCACAAGAGGCGGUGUGCAAUUCGGAGAUGGCGACGGUGGCAGAAGGAGGCUUUGUGCGCCCGCACUGCGGGCCGCAAAUGCAGUGGCGCUUGCGGAGCCAGGGUGGCUCUUGGACGCUCUAUGAGCUGGAAUUCUUUGUGGACAGCUUGUGCACGGAGGCGGCGGAGUUUGGGCUCCCCUUGGCCUCCCAGGGCCAGCUGCAGCUGUGGCGUCGUUUCGCCGACGGGGACUUCGCCACGGCCUGGUCCGCCUCCGGCGACGCCUGGGCUGGUGCCGCCUUCAAUCGCAGCUGGUCUGUGAGAUGCGUCCGCGUGGCGCAGCUUUUCCCUGGCAGCUCCCAGGCUCUGGAGGUGUGGAAUGGCACGGCCUGGGCGAUUGACCAGGUGCUGCCGCUGGGCUGA